AUGCGUGUCAGCGAGCGAGUGGCGCCAAAGCGGCCGGCGGGCGACCAGCUUGAGCACGAACAGCCGCUGGCCAAGCGGUUUGGACGGCUUCGCAUCGGACAUCCGUUGUCUGCAGCCGUCCAGUCCGUCGCCACCACGGCCACCGGCCGUACUGAUCUGCUUCCCCAGGCACGGCGCAUGGAGGACGAUGGCAUGCAGGUCGACGACACGAAAACGCGAGUCUACAUUAAUGAUUUAGAGAGCGAGAUUGCUGAAAUCGAAGCCACGGAGAGGCUGCAGCAUGUCGAAUUCCUCCCCGAAAUCGAGAAGACUCUGAUGGCUAUUCCCAAGUCUGUCUUGAACUACAAGUCUGAGACUGAACCCGUCCGUGACCGCAUACCGUGUGCGCUGAAUAUCCUGGACGGAGACAAUAGUAGUACUCAGCUGCGCAUUGGUGAUACACCGCUGCAGAAGAACAGUCAUGAAGACAGGAGGAAAGCUACUUCCACAUUGCCUACUAUUGAUGCGCAGCAUCCACACGAAAUAUCUGCUGAUAGCGGCUCCAAUGGCGUGUCAUGCCAGGACGAUUUCGAUGCUAUGGAUAUCGAUGACUGA